AGAGGUGGGAUUUAGCUGCAACCUCCAACAUGCCGUCCAAGCCUGCCCCAAUCAAGAAGGCGGCUAAGAAAGAACCCGCCAAGAAGGAGGAGGAGAAGGCUCCAGAGCCGGCCCCUGCACCCGCCCCUGAGGCCGCACCAGAGGCCUCCCCUGCACCCGCUGAGGGCGAAGCUGCACCUGCUGAAGCGGCCCCUGCAGAGGGAGAGGCCCCUGCUGCUCCGCCAGCUGAGGAGCCCAAACCACCCACCCCUCCACCCGCAGAUGCUGCUGCUCCUGUUGCAGAAGAAACACCAGCUGUUGCUGCUGAGGCCCCUGCUGAUGCUUCCACAGAGGAAGCUGCUCCCGCUGCUGACUCCGAAGCACCUGCUGAUGCUGAAGCUGCUGAAGCGCCUGCACCAGAGGAGCCUAAAGCACCCACACCUCCACCACCUCCACCCAAAGAGCCCACAAGUGCUCCACUAGAUCUGUUUAUUGAGGAUAAGAAUGACACUUCAGUUACAAUCAUUUGGAGCCAGCCAGAGACCAUUGGACCAACUGGUCUGGAUGGAUACACCAUUGAAGUGUGCAAGGAUGGAACUGAGGACUGGAAAGCAGUCAAUGAGGAUCUGCAGAAGUCCUGCCGCUACAUUAUCAAGAACCAGACCACCGGUGACCGUCUGAAGAUCCGUGUGGUGGCUGUGAAUGCUGGUGGCCGCAGCCCCCCUGUCGCACUCCCCGAGGCUGUCCUGGUGAAGGAGGUCGCUGAUCGUCCCAAGGUCCGCUUGCCUCGUUUCCUCAGGCAGAGAUACGUCGCUCAAGUUGGAGCUAAGAUCAACCUGACCAUCCCCUUCACAGGCAAACCCAAACCUGUGGUCACCUGGACGAAGAAUGGGCAGCCUCUGGACACAAAGAGGGUGAACAUCCGCAGCACUGAGAGAGACAGCAUCCUGUUUAUCCGUGCAGCUGAGAGAGAUGACUCUGGAGUAUAUGAGAUGUGCCUGAAGGUGGACGACUUCGAGGACAAGGCUUCACUCGUCCUUCAAAUUGUCGAGCUGCCAGGGCCUCCUGCCAGUGUAAAGAUUGUGGAUACCUGGGGCUUCAAUGUUGCUCUGGAGUGGACUCCACCCACCGACAACGGAAACACAGAAAUCACAGGUUACACAAUCCAGAAGGCCGACAAAAAGACUGGAGACUGGUUCACUGUGUUGGAGCAUUACCAUAGACUGAAUGCCACCAUCUCUGACCUCAUCAUGGGCAACACCUACAAGUUCAGAGUGUUCUCUGAAAACAAGUGUGGGAUAAGUGAGGACGCUACUGUUGCAAAGGACGAGGCUAAGAUCUUGAAGACAGGUAUUGAUUACAAGCCUCCUGAAUACAAAGAACACGACUUCAGCGAGCCUCCCAAGUUCACCACGUCUCUGACUGACAGAGCCACCACUGUUGGCUACAGCACCAAGCUGCUGUGCUCUGUCAGGGGAAGCCCAAAGCCAAAGGUUAUAUGGAUGAAGAACCAGAUGAUUAUUGGAGACGACCCCAAAUUCAGGCAGAUCUGUGUCCAGGGUAUCUGCUCUCUGGAGAUCCGCAAGCCUGGUAACUUUGACGGUGGUGUGUACUCCUGCAAAGCCAAGAACGAUCUCGGAGAAGCAACUGUCAGCUGCAAGCUGGAAGUCAAACAGCCGGUGGUUGCAGAUGCUGACAAGAAAUAGGUCAACAUUCACAUUCUCACAGGUUGAUCUAUACGAGUCCUGAGGUGACAUCUGACAUCUCCUGACUUGCUUUCCAUACAUGGAGGGCACUAAACUUGGAAGAGGUGGCCUCUGCCUCUGAAAGAGUCCAAGAGUUCCGACUCCUUUUAACACCUGUUGUUGUUAUUUGUUCAUCUGUUGCAAUCCCAAAAUAGGAGCAGAAGGAAUGAGGCCUUUGCGGCAUAAGGAAGGCACUUGGUUCCUGGAAGAACUUGUAUAUAUGGCUGCUGACCACACUACCAAAGGGUUGUUGCCUGUGACCUCUUUCUGAGCGGUAGCCUGUGUUAUGAUGAACAAUUGUUGUGGCUUUAUUCCUUUAUCACUACAUUAUUAGGUCCAUAUCCAUGUCCACAAUCAGCUUUUUCCCCAACAAUUCUCCCACACAGUCUUUGGUAACUAAAUCAUCACAUGUUCCAAAUACUGUAACUCCCUAGUUCAUCAAGUGUAACUAGGUGUACAUCAAGAAUUUUACAACAUGAAUUUACAGUUCCUCAUAGGAGAACUACAUAUAACAUCUAUGUGUUUAUAUCAAUAAAUAAUUUAAUUUCUG